AUGGGAGGCGCUUCAUUGCACCACGUUCAAAUUUGUUGCAAAGACGGAUUGAAAGUAACCUCGAAGUUGAUGAAACAAUUGAAACUUAAGCUCUGGGCCACCAAAAUAACUAAAACAUGCUAUCAGUGGGUGCUAAAGAGUCAUCAGCUAAUUUUUAUAGUGAUCCAACGUCAGAGCUCAAAUGAAAGUCCUAGUGAUUUUUUGGUAAAACAGAAGAGAAAAGGCAUGACAAAUAAUGAUUAUGACAUUGACCAAUUCGUUCUGAAUGAGAACCCCUUAGAUGAUAAGUGUGUCGAGGAGUGGGACGAUUUCACAGUUUUCUGCUGCAACAAUCCGAGUUAUCAUUUAAAUGGUGGGGCUGAUUCGGUUUUCAACAUAGCUCUGCGAGUCGAUAACCUUAUAGAAAUUUUGGGCCGCUGUUGUCAUUUCGAAGUCAAUUCUACCCAAAAUAAUUUUUUAAAUAUCAACAUUCCCCAAGAAAUAUCGUCAUAUAUUGAUGGAAGUAACGAUGUUAGAUCAGAUAGUUUGAUGAGCAGGAAAGAAGAGGACUUAUAUGAUGGCCAAUCUCUGAAUUCUCAAUUUAAUAAUAUGGCUUGUAUCAUACAACCUGUGACAGAGAUUAGCGAUGAAUUUGGAUGCAUAAAAUACGCUAUAAUUAGAUCUUGCGUGGGAAACGUGUUGCAUACUCUCAUAGAUGAUUCAGAGUAUCGAGGUCCUUUCCUGCCCAAUUACAUGAUGAGGCACCUUCCAAACAAAAAAAAUUUCUUUUUCAGAACCAUUCCAGCAAAAAACUAUGAAUUAGAAUCAUCUGAAAAUCUCAAUGAAAAUCAAACAGAAAAUAUGAAAUUUCAACAGGUGUCAAUAAAUUUGUUUACCAAAAUUGAUCACGUGGCAAUUGCUUGUCACACUGGACAAUACAGUUCUAUUAUUUCCUGGUACAGUUACUGUUUGGACUUUCACCGUUUUAAGUUAAACAGCAAAGAAUCAAACGAAGAAGGUUUUGUCAUCAAAAAUGAUCAAGAUUUAGGUGUAAGGCUGUUGGCCAUGGAAUACUGGAAAUGUCGCGAACACAGUAUUUUAUCUUCGGCCCUUGGGAAAGUUAAUAGAUUUUCCAAAAAAUCUUUACCUUUUCAUUUAGUUCUGGCGGAAUCAUUGAUGCCCAACGUUUCGGAUCAAAUAAGUUCCUUUAUAUCGGCUCACGGUGGACCGGGUAUACAACACAUCGCCUUGUCUUGUCCAGACAUUUUUACCACGAGAAAUAUUUUGACUGAAAGUGGUUUGGAAUUUUUGGUUACUCCCGAAACAUAUUACAAAGAUGAUGUUAUUGUGAAAAGAAUAAAAGAUAUUGAGAUAGAUUGGGCCAAAAUUUAUGGAACUGGAAUAUUGAUUGACACCGAUGAUAACCCCGUAGACAUAAAUAACAAUGAAAUAAUCGAUUCUGAUAAAAGGUAUUUGCUCCAAAUCUUUAGCAAACCAAUUUUCCAGGAAGGUACCUUCUUUUUGGAACUCAUAGAAAGACACAAAACAGAUGGAUUUGGAGCUGGAAAUAUUCCAGCCCUAUGGCGAGCUGUUAAAAGACACAUGGAAAACAACGACAAAAUAUUAACAUUUUAG